CUUGCUCACCGCCGUCUGUGGCUGGCCACCUCGCGACCGUAAGAACCAUAAUGAGUUGAGCCAGUAGAUGCUCGAUAAUGAGAAGUGCAUCGCAAUACGGGCGUGGUCAUCGCGAAGAUGCGACUUGUUGGGGCUGUUAGGCUUGCAUGAGCGCAUUCAGCCGCGUCUGCCCCCGCCUCUAGAUCGUCUUGAGCAGCCUUACAGAACGCAGAACAUGGUGCAAAACACCGGCUUCAGCCUGCAACACUAAGAUCGCAGUCUCAACCGUGUAGCUACCUGGGGCUCUGUAGCCAUUCUUACACUUCUCCAUUAGCUUGUCUGAGGGAGCCAGCCGCCGCACUCUCGUCCUACCAGGCUGCCGCCUCGAGCCUCUCGCGUCCCCUUCUCACCGUACACGCCUGCAACACAUGCACUCGAACUGAUGCGCCUCUUGCGCUACGACGAACAAGGCGAGCUCGGCAUCGUCAGCUUCGACGAUGGCGCAACACCGCCGUACGCAAUACUGUCACACACAUGGGGAGUGGAUACGGAGGAGGUGACCUUCGCAGACCUCCAAAAAGGCGAUGGCAAGACAAAGCCAGGCCACGAGAAGAUCCUCUUCUGUGCAAAACAGGCACAGCGCGACAAUCUCCAGUACUUCUGGAUCGACACGUGCUGCAUCGACAAGGCCAAUAAGGCUGAGCUCGCCUUGUCCAUCAGGUCGAUGUUUCACUGGUACCGCAAUGCAGCUCGGUGUUAUGUAUAUCUGUCUGAUGUCUCUAAUCAACCUCUACUGGUAACGCCAGGCCACCACGAUUCACGAUGGUUUCUUUGGAUCUGGACACUCUCUAUUCUCUAUACACUGUCAAGAUGGUCCAGCAGCGUGAUGCAUCGCUACUUCUAUCCGCGCCAUGUAGCACGCACUCCAGUUGGCAGCGGUGUUGUGCGUAGCAAGCAGACGCCUGAGUUCCCGAUCAAAGAAAGCAGAUGGUUUACUCGUGGAUGGACACUGCAGGAGCUUCUCGCCCCAUCCACGGUAGAGUUCUUCUCCAAGGAAGGUGCCAAGCUUGGCGACAAGUUGUCGCUGGCAAAAGAAGUGCGCGAGGUCACUGGCAUUCCUUGCUCAGCGUUGCAGGGCGAACCGUUGUCCGACUUCAGUGUGAAUGAGCGAAUCUCAUGGAAUGAACACCGGGUAACGAAAAUUCCGACAGACCGCGCAUACUCUUUGAUGGGAAUCUUAGGAGUUAGUCUGUCGCCGUUCGACGGUGAGAGUCCAGCUGAAGCGAUGAAACGAGUCACAGAUGAGGCCGAGAAGCAAGAUAAGUGCCUCCGAGACAUACACCAGACAGAUCCUCGGAACGACAAGAAGCGCAUUGAGGAUACCAAAGGCGGUCUUCUCGCAGACUCCUACCGAUGGGUGCUUGCCAAUCCGACUUUUCAGCAAUGGCAACAGCGCUCGGAUAGCCGACUGUUGUGGAUGAAAGGCGACCCUGGCAAAGGAAAGACGAUGCUUCUGUGUGGCAUCAUUGACGAGCUGCACAACUCGAUGCCAAGGUCCGCCCUGUUGUCGUACUUCUUUUGCCAGGCGACCGACCCGCGCAUCAAUAGCGCUACAGCUGUGCUACGGGGCUUGCUAUAUAUGCUUAUACACCAGCAACCGUCACUUGUAUCGCAUGUCUGUAAGAAGCACGAUCAUGCAGGCAAAGCCUUGUUUGAGGAUGCAAAUGCCUGGGUUGCCCUGACGGAGAUCUUCACGAACGUGCUACAAGACCCCCAGCUAAGAAGUACAUACCUGAUCGUCGAUGCGCUAGACGAGUGUGUUACUGAUUUGUCGAGACUGCUUCACUUCAUCGCAAAGCAGUCUUCUGCCUCUUUCCGCGUCAAGUGGAUCGUGUCGAGCCGCAACUGGCCAGAGAUUGAAGAGCAGCUGGAUCAAGAUGGGCACAAGGCCAGGCUGAGCCUUGAGCUGAAUGCAGAGUCUGUAUCUGCAGCUGUUGGGGUGUUCAUACAGCACAAGGUGACUCAGCUGGCACAGCAGAAGAACUACGACCGACAGAUGCAAGACAUGGUUCUUGAGAGAUUGGCGGCAAACGCAGAUGGCACCUUCCUGUGGGUAGCGUUGGUGUGUCAGGAGCUUCGAGCAACAGCAAGACGGAACGUGCUGAAGAAACUGGACACCUUCCCACCUGGUCUAAAGGCGCUUUACGAGCGGAUGAUGCAGCAGAUCAGCGCGUCGGAUGAUGCUAUACUCUGCAAGCAGGUGCUGGCUUCAGCCGCGCUCGUGUAUCGGCCAAUCACUCUGCAGGAGCUAGUAGCCCUUGCUGAGCCGCUCGAAGACAUAGCCGACGAAGCAGAGGUGCGGGAGACCAUCGGCCUCUGUGGAUCGUUUCUCACUUUGCGAGAAGACACGGUCUACUUCGUGCACCAGUCUGCAAAAGACUUCCUCUUUGCAAGUGCAUAUAACGAGGUCUUUCCACAGGGCGCUGAAGUCACUCAUCACGUGAUCUUCUCCAGGUCGCUCGCGAUUCUAUCCAAAACGUUGCGUAGGGACGUGUACAGCCUGAAAACGUUAGGGACUGCUAUCAAAGAUGUUCAACCGCCAGAGCCAGAUCCGUUUGCAGCCUCACGCUACUCGUGCGUCUACUGGAUCGACCAUCUGUACGACUCGAAGCCUGAGCCGUGGGCUGACAGUGUUGGUGAUAUAGAAGUCGCAGGGGCCGUCGAUGAAUUCAUGAGGAAGAAGUAUCUCUACUGGUUAGAGGGGCUCAGUCUGUGCAGAAGCAUGAGCAAAGGGGUGAUUUCGAUGGCGAAACUAUACUCUCUGGCUCAGGCAAUGCAAGAUAGUGAUGAACUGACUAAGCUUAUCCAAGAUGCCCGCCGAUUCGUCAUGUACCACAAAGGGGUAAUCGAGAGCUACCCUUUGCAGACAUACGCAUCUGCGUUGCUGUUCAGUCCGACAGGGAGCAUGACUAGAAGAUUGUUUCAGCACGAAGAGCCGAAUGGGAUCGUUGUCCGGCCAGCGGUGAGCACCGGCUGGAGUGCCUGUCUGCAGACGCUCGAGGGCCAUAGCAGCUAUGUCACCUCUGUAGCCUUCUCGCACGACUCGAGCAAGCUGGCGUCGGCGUUAGAGGACAACACUGUCAAGGUGUGGGAUGCGAGCAGCGGGGCGUGUCUGCAGACGCUCGAGGGCCAUAGCGGAGAAGUCAGCUCUGUAGCCUUUUCGCACGACUCGAGCAAGCUGGCGUCGGGGUCAUACGACAACACUGUCAAGAUCGGGGCGUGUCUGCAGACGCUUGAGGGCCAUAGCAGCUAUGUCAUGUCUGUAGCCUUCUCGCACGACUCGAGCAAGCUGGCGUCGGCGUCAUACGACAACACCGUCAAGGUGUGGGAUGCGAGCAGCGGGGCGUGUCUGCAGACGCUCAACAUUGGCAAGGCUCUCUACAAUCUAUCUUUCGAUCCCACCAGCUCCUUUCUUCGUUUUGAGAUAGGCCCCAUUGCCAUACAUGGCCCGGGAACUUCUAGCGAGAUAGCCGUCGUGGAACCUGCAUGCCCUCAGUACUGCAGCGCAAGCCUCAGCUCCGAUAGCAUAUGGAUCAAGUAUGGCGGCAGGAACAUGUUGUGGAUACCAUCAGAGUAUCGACCGUCAUGCUCUGCGGUGUGUGGGAACACAGUUGGUAUGGGCGUUGGGUCUGGCAGAGUGUGGACCUGCACUGUUGACCCAGACACCCCCGUGUGUUCUUAGCGAAGUGUAGACAUGAACUAAUCGCUCCCUGCGUAGAAUAUGACCUUCUGAUAUCUGCUUUCAAGUCGUUAUAGGGAUGCACAUGAGCACGCAAGUUGCAUAACGGUAUAACCUGCAGCGAUCCGGGGAAAUGACU